CUCUGGCUCAGGACUGGAAUAAAGAAACAGGGGAGUACCGCAAUGGUUUCGCCUCACGGAAUCAAGCUGGCUGUUUAUCUCAUCAAUUCCUACUUCGGUGAUCUUAACGCUAAAGUUUGUGACUGUCUAUUGCGAAGAGGAACACAACCUUUAGCUCAGGUUGUACGUUUCACAGAGCUUAGCAGAGAGAAUGUUAGGAACUGCUUGCUCGUGCUUAUUCAUCACAAUUGUGUUCAAGCCUUCGCGGUGCAACAAGAAGGUGCAUUUGGGGAGGCACCAAAAGUUUUUACACAAUACAUGGCACUAUUUGACAACAUAAUACAUAAAUUGAGGUUCCCUAAGUUUAUAGAGAUUGUGUCUGAGGAGCUGGGAAAAGAGUGUGAAGAGAUUUUUGAAGGGUUACUUCAGCAUGGUAGGCUUUCACUCAGCCAAAUUAUAGAUAGAUACAAGCAGACAUCGAAUCAAGGAGAUUCUAGCGCUGAUGCUGCACGAGAUAGCUUCAACAGACUAGUUAACGCUAGAUUUGUGGAACGAUGUCCUGCCCCUGAACCAUUUCUUGAACCACCUACUGAAGAAGAAACUGCUGCAAAGAAACGAGGUGCUAAAUCUGCAAAGAUUCCAGCACAAACCCUUGAACAACGAGCCUUAGCAGCAGCAGCUCCGAUGGAAUCCUUGAGAUUCUUAGUUGAGACAGACACCUGGAAUAAUUCUGAGGAAAAAACUGACAUAAAGACUAUGGAUGUGAAAUGUGGCACAAAGCGGAAGCAAGAUAAUUUAGAGUCAAACACAGAACUGCUGGAUACAGAUGAAAAGAAAGUACUCUGGCGUGCCAAUUUUGAAGAAUUCAUUCGCCGCUUGAGGCACAAGGCUUGCGUUGCAAAUGUGAAAGUAAAUGUCAACAAUGAUGCUGCCAUUAUUCUUGCUGCAACCCUGGAGUUGAGUAGACAUUCUGAAACUAAAUUGAGAAUUGAUAACUCAGUUCCUCAGUCCAUAAAUGCUAUUUAUGAUGAGGUGAUAAAGAGGGAAGGUGGUCUUGGUAUGGACUUGGGGCGUAUCAGAGCUUCCCUUGGUGAAUUAGGAUGUAAAGCUCCAUUGAUGGAAAUAGAUGAAACUUAUAGUGUAGAUUUGAAGAACAUUAUUGAACAGGCUCGCAUUGAAGAGGUGGAAUCCAUUGUAUUAAAAAGGUACGGGAGGGAGGCCUACAGGAUGUUCAGAUUACUGUCUAAAAAUGAUCAUCUUCUUGAAACGGAUAAGAUUUCAGAUACCACAUUUGUUGAAAAGAAAGACGCACUCAAGAUUCUAUUUAAGCUGUGGAAAGAUGACUACUUAGACAUGAAGAAAGUUAUUACACCUGGAGCAAGGCAAUCAGAAUUCGUUCUGUGGAAAAUUAAUAAGCAGUCUCUUUGGCAACAUGUUCUAGAUGAAAUGUACCAUGCUGCCCUUAAUUUGAGAUUGAGAAUAACACAUGAGCAAGAACAAGAAAAAGAGAUUCUUCAGAUGCCCAGAGAAAGGCUGGUAGGGGAACUGGGCGAUAGAUACAGGCGCCUAAGAAAAGUUCGGAUUACCCUGGAAUCUUCCCUAAUGAAUCUUGACGAUUCUCUCAUGCUCUUCCAUGACUUCUAAAAUGAGAAAUUUGCAUUUUACAUUCCUCACCUUGCUUUCCUGACCUUCCCCCUUUCCCCCCCUUAUUAUUAUUUUUAGAAUUGCAUAUGUUAAGGGCCUUGCUGUCCUGAUUGCAGUUUUAUACAGUUCAAGAUUGAACCUGACAGACACCAACACUCAUGAAGCCUAUUUAUUUUAUUUGUUCUUAGCUGA